AUGAAGCUUUGUGCAACUUCCCCAUCUUCUCCUUCCUUGGUCAACUUAGGUGUUGUUAAGCCUUUCCUGGAAAACUUUAGUAGCUAUCCAGUUGCUGGUCUUACCUUGGGAAUUGUCCCUAUCCAGGGCAGUGUUCUACAUUGUGAUGCAAUGUCUUGGUGCAAUUUGUGUGCUGGUGUUAUCAAAGGGUUCCAGCCAUCUUUGUUUGAGAUUAAGGAGGGAGGUGCCAAUGAUGUCAUCCGUGGUUACACCAAGGGAGAUGGCCUUGGUGCUGAGAUUAUUGGUACUUCUGUUCUUGUCUACGGUGUCUUAUGCGCUGCUGAUGCCAAGAGAAAUGCCAGACUCCCAUGUCCCUUUGAGCUAAUUGUGUAUACUAACUCAUGGUUGUGUUUUUGUAGAUUUUGGCAGUGUUUUUGGUUCUCUUGGCCACCAUCGUUUAUCAUAGGCAUUGGCAUUAACCCUGCUGGAAACCUAGGUGAUGCCAUUGUCUACAACGAUGAACAUGCGUGGGAUGGCCAUAAUUUUAAGAGAACCUGCUUGUCUGCUGUGUUUUGCUGA